AAAGUCAGUGUUAGGUGACAGUUCAGAUGUAGUAAGGAGGACGAUGGCUUCGUUAAGCCUUCGUCUGUUCCAAAAAACUGAUCCAGAUGCAGAUUUUGCAGUGUUACUCGAGAACAAGAAGUCCAAGAAUAGCCUUUUAUUCCAGGCAGGGACGGUUGCUACACUAUCUCAGCCAGAGACAGAUGCCAUCCGUGGUGAUCACUAUGGCAGAGUAUUGGAUGCCUAUGCCUGCCUUGGGAUCCUUCAGGUCUGCCCCCCCAUCGUGUUUCCAAUCUUGGAUCCCCCUGUUGAAUAUUCAUGGAUAUCAUGGGAAGGAGAAAACACACAAUUGUAUCUGGUCUUGGUUACCAAGUGUGUCCGGGUAUGCAACAUCCAGAAUACUGCCAUCUACAAAAUACAAGACAUUGACAUCAUCUCGCUUUAUUCCAUGAGACAACCAAGUUUUAAGGCUCAGGAAGAAGAAUCAUGGAUAAGAGAAAUGAAGAAAUUGUUGGGAAAUGAAAGUUUUUAUUUUAGUACCAGCACUGCGGGUACUGAAGCCAUGGACCUUACUCUGUGUGCACAACGUCGGGCCAAGACCAGUCGCACGGACAACAGAUUCUUUUGGAAUCGAAUGCUUCACCUGCACUUAAAGCGAUUUGGUGUGGACUGCCAACAGUGGUUGAUUAAGGUCAUGUGUGGCAGUGUUGAGUUUUCCUCCAUUUACAUGAACAAUCAUACACCCAAGAUUCUCAUAAUUUCAAGACUCAGCUGUGAGAGAGCUGGAACAAGGUUCAUGGUGCGAGGUGUCAAUGAUGGAGGACACGUCGCAAACUUUGUUGAAACAGAACAGAUGAUUCACAUUGACACGAUGGAUGAUGUGGUGUUGUCAUAUAUCCAGACUCGUGGAACUGUACCUUUAUUCUGGGAACAACCUGGACUUAAUGUCGGCUCACACAAGGUAAGGAUGUCUCGAGAACCAGAAGUGUCUGUUCAAGCCUUCCAAAAGCACAUGCGGUUCUUAAGGGAGCGUUAUGGUCAGCAGGUGGUCAUCAACCUCUUGGGCACAGGUGUUACUGGACGAAGUCAGGGAGAGGCAGCACUCUCUCAUGUGUUCCAAAUUCAACACAUUAAUUGCCCCUGGAGCAAGGACUCGCCUCACAUCGUUUUCGACUUUCAUCAAGAGUGUAAAGGUGGACACAUAGAAAAUUUGGGUAAAAAGCUGCAGCCUCGAAUAAAGGAAGAGAUGGAAACAUAUGGUUACUUCUGCCUCAGGAAAGGUCAGGUGCAGUCAUUACAACGCGGCACUAUGAGGACAAACUGCUUGGAUUGCCUUGACAGAACGAACAGAGUUCAAACUUAUUUUGGCUUAGAUUCCCUAAACAAAAUGUUAGAGGAUCUUGGAGUGUCAAACAAUGGAAUUAUUGUUCAGCGAUUCACAUCCAAAUUGGAGGAGAUGUGGAAGGACAAUGGUAACCGCAUCAGUCAAAUAUAUGCUGGAACUGGGGCUUUACAAGGCUCAAAGUUGAUUGAUGGGGCAAGAUCAGCUGCAAGAACAUUUCAAAACAACCUUUUGGACAGUAGCAAACAAGAAGCCAUUAAUAUUCUCUUGCAUGGGAACCUCCUUAAUAACUACCUAGCAGCUCUCUCCAGAUCUCUGCUACCAUCAAGCUACCUCUAUGCUCCCAUCAGUGUGCUGCGUCAGUUGUGUCAACGCAGCACAGAAUAUACAUCAUCAAUUCCUCUACGAGUCGCUGUUGGGACGUACAAUGUUAAUGGAGGGAAACAUUUCCGAAGUCUGGCAUACAAACACCUGUCGCUGGAUGACUGGCUACUGGACUCCAAGAAGAAUGCUGUUCAGAGUUCCCUUGUGGACACUACGCCUGAGGAUGAAGUAAGAGAUACUAGAGCUCCUGAUGUAUUUGCGAUAGGCUUUGAAGAAAUUGUGGAUCUAAGUGCCACAAACAUUGUCCAAAAUACUCAGUGGUCUGAAAAUGCUGCAUCUUGGGGAAAGGAACUGCAGAAGGUUAUAUCCAGAGAUGAAAAGUUUGUAAUGGUAACGUGGUCACAGCUCGUUGGUGUGGCAUUAUUUGUGUUUGUCAAUGAGAAACACGCCAGCCACGUGCGCCAUGUAUCUGUUGAGAGUGUCAAGACCGGAAUGCAAGGGGCAACAGGAAACAAAGGUGGUGUGGGCAUCAGAUUGGUGGUUCGAAACACAUCAAUGGCAUUUGUCUGCUCUCAUUUUGCUGCUGGCCAAAAGGAGGUUAAUGAGCGAAAUAAUGAUUAUGACAGCAUUGCCAGAAAGCUUAUUUUCCCUCUUGGUAUGCCUCUCUGGGCACAUGACUACGUGUUCUGGUGCGGAGACUUCAAUUACCGUAUCAACCUAACUCGAGAUGAAGUGAUCGAUUAUGUACAGCGCCAGGAAUGGAAUGUCCUCCUGGAGCACGACCAACUCAAGCAAAGUUUUGCAGAAGGCAAGUGUUUCAAGGGUUUUGUAGAAGGGGACAUUGAUUUUGCUCCAACCUACAAAUACGAUCUAUUUUCUGAUGAUUAUGACACCAGCGACAAGCUGCGUAUACCUGCCUGGACGGACCGAGUACUCUUCUGGAGGAGACAGUACCCAAAGGACAAGAAUGACCCAAAUUGGAUCCCAGGCCGGAUUAUCCACUAUGGUCGUGCAGAACUGAAGCAAAGUGACCACAGACCAGUCUUGGCGGUAUUUGAUGUCGAGGGCUGCAGAGUAAUUGACAGCAAGCUUACCAACAUCUAUGAGUCUGUGGUAGCCUCUCUGGGACCCUCAGACUGUACAGUAGUCGUGCAGCCAUCAGAAGAAGAGGUACAAAAUUUGCCUGCUGGAGUUGUUGCGGAUUCAGUAUUCGACGACGAAACAUUGGAAGCUGUCCAAGAAGCCAUGGGGACUGUUGGAUCAGUUGUUCUAGUGCGCUUUGUUGAUAACAAAAUCUGGUUUACCUUCGGUGAUUCACAGACGGCACUGAAGGCCAUUGGUUGUAGUCCACUAAAAAUUAAAGGUCACGAACUGGAUGUUAAAUUGAAAACUGAGGCUUGGCGAGAACAACUAGAAGAGGAGCUAGCGCUGUGUGGUGACACAACGGUUCCACUGACAGAGGAGUCUCUCAACAUCACCGAGAGCGACGAUGCAUCCUUUAGCAUCAGGAAUAUAGAAGGAGCUCUAGAGGAGCUGUAUCAGUCUCAGGCCAGGGAGGAUGAUUAUGGCACAGAAUGUAGUGAAGUGGUGGAACAGCAGCAUGCUCCGUUGCAGCAGUCCAGGCCACCACCAUCAAGACCUACCCCCUCAAGGCCUCCUCCUCCACGACCCACACCUCCAGGGUCGGCUCCCAGUUCACCAGCCCCAUCCCGUCCCCAGCCACAAGGGCCAAAGGUAAAGGUUAUAACCAAACCAGUUCGUCCAUCACAAUUGCAACGGGUCAUCAUUGCCUCAGUAUCACAAAAUACGACAAAUGUUGUGGAUCAUCAAGCAGAAGAAGUUAGCAGUCCACCACAGAGGACUUCACAGCCAUCCAAACCAGCUACACUUCCCCGCACUCCAUCUCGGGAGAGUCCAGUUAAAACUUCACACCCAACUGAAGUUCCUGUCACAAGUUCUUUGUUUGGUGUGCCUCCCUCUGUACCAGCCAGCUGUCCAAGUGUAGCUGAUGAGAAGCCUUUUGUGUCUCCUUUUGGUGCACCUCCCCCUCUACCAGCCAGCUACCCAAAUGUAACUGAUGAGAAGCCUUUUGUGUCUCCUUUUGGUGCACCUCCCCCUCUACCUAACAACUGCCCUCCAGAAGGCUCUACUUCGUCUCAGUCUGCCUUAGAGAGAACUUCUAGUUCCCCUUUCAGUAGUCCUCCACAAGUACCAACUAACUUUUCAUUGGGUCAGGCACCAUGUAUACCAGCUAAUGGCCCAUCGACAGAUUCACCAUCAUCUGAUCCACCCUCUGGCCCACCUCCAGGCCCACCCCCUGGUCCACCCCCUGCACUACCAAGUAAUGGUCCAUCAGUCCCACCAAAGGACACACCCCCUAGUAUACCAGCCCGCUCCCUUCCACCAGUACCAAAUAGAACUAGUACUGGUGCACCACCACCCAUCCCUUCCAGAAAUUUACCACCAGUCCCAGCUCGUAACCUCCCUCGUGUACCACCUAGGAAGUAAGUCUUAAUUUCGAAAAAUACCCUUACUGGCCUAGUCACAAAGUAGCCUAUGGAAGAGUGUUUUACAAACACACACACAAAGUGCAGUAGAGCCUUGAAUUGCAUGAGUUUUAUCAAUUUGAUUUCUGUAUAGUAUUCACAUACUUUUAGACUAGACAUUUGAAAUGCAUGACCGUAGUUCUAUAUCACAUAGGUUUUGAUUGUAUAGUUACAGUAAACUCAUUACUUCAGCAUACUCAUUGUUUGGAAACUGGAUACUGUACAGUUAUGAAAAAACUAUGUGACUAUCAGGACAAAAUGCAGUACUGUACUCUUAUCAUUAUUUCAAUGACUGGACAUUUUUGCCAAACCACCUGGUCUAUUGUGUCCAAAUUUCAGCUUUUUGGUUCAAAAAUUUGUUGAUACACUGGGACAACCAACUAACAAACAAGACAGAUAAGUUGAGUGGUCACUAAGAUCGAAAGAGGGGGAAAGUCUACAAAAUUGUUGGAUAAAUGGGCAAGAAAUAUUUUUGAGCAGUGGUGUGAGUCAGUGUACCCACGCUAUCAUAAUUUAAUCAGCUGGCUAGAAAUGAUGAAGCUCUGGGAGAGAAUUUAUGCACAAAGCUACAACUUUAGUAAAGUAACUUUAAUCCUAUUCCUUUAGUUUUUUUUCUUUUAUGCUUUCUGAGCUUUAACCAGGCUUGCAAGAGUAAAAAAUGGGUAAUUUUUUAAAUACCAAAAGUAAAUACAGAAAUGAAAUGAGUGUAAUAAUGAGAACCAGUUUACAGUAUUGAAUUUUUAAAGAGUAUAACCCCCUCAAAAUUCAAGGGGCCACUGUGUGUGUGUGUGUUUGUGUAAAACAUUUAUGCAGGGUUCUUUCACUUUUUUCACAAUUUGAGAUGCAGGUUUAUUUAUGUUAAUACUCAACGCAAAUCUACUUAUAUUCAUGUGUUACACUUUCAUUUAAAUCAAUUCUUCCACUUCAAAAUUUCUUUUCAACUUCCCAAAAAACAGCUUUAUCAAAUGUCAGCUUUUUGCAGUUUUGUUCAAUGAAUGAUAACAUACACUUAUAAAUGGGAAGAAAUAAGAGUAAGAGUUAUUUAGGUGUAGAAUAAAUGUACAUUAGGUUCAAAUUUGAUCCAAAGAAAAAUGCUUCCAUGCUUGUACCGUGUUCGGUAUUGAGGUAGUCUUGUUCCUAUCUGACGUGUAUAUUCAGUUCUUGAAUUGUUGGUAAUGACAGACAAAGUGUCGAUACUAUACUAUUUAUAAAGAUUACCUAUUGAGAAUGAAAUAUUUUUUCCAAAGUCUGCUGAUCAUCUGUAAGUAAAUAAAACUAAGUAGGAAGACAUUGUUAAACAUGUUGAGCCAAGGCUUACCUAUAGCUGAAAAUUCUUUUAUGAUUUAUAGGUCAUUCCCAUCUGCUGGACACACCUUGGCAGAGCCUGCCUUGUACAGGGGGCUGACUGCAUUCUGAGACAAAGAUUCUAUCAUAUGCAGAUCACUGCCAAGGCUACACAAACAGCCACUUGUUUGUUGAAUCCCUAGUUAGUGAAGGUAGAACCUCAAAUUGUGUGUUAGUUGAACAGUCACUGGAACAAAUCCCUAGAGCUAGUUCAGUUGACUCAGACCCGAAGAUCUCUGAAGUUCAAUACUCAUAUUUUUCCACAAUACAAACCCCAUCAGGGGUGGUGGGAGAGAUUCCAAAUCAAUUUAUUCUUCUCUUAGGUUAGGUUAGGAUUUCUGAGUUAAGAUAUUUGUUUAUUAGCCAAAGGGCCAUGUUUCACAUGAUUUUGGAGACGCAAAACCAACAAGAGAAGGAAUGUAGGAGGUCAUAUGUUUACAGUUGUUUUGCCCUGUCACCUAUUCACCCUUUGCCAACCCCCCCCCCCCCCACUACUUGUUUGCCCUCUGGCAUUUUAUUAUUACAUGCAGUUAUCUUAAUCAAUGGUGGCAGCUGUACUUUUAUAACUACCGAUAAAUGCCAAUACUAGCAAGGAGCCUCUAUCUGGCAAUCUCUAAUUUUACCUUACUUUACCUUACCUAACCUAACCUAAUCUCACCUCUACAUGGAUUACAAGAGACACAAAUUGUCAGGGGAUAAAUAAUUAUUUAAAGACUAUUAUUGGACAAAGGAAGGCUAUCGGUAAAAGAAUAAAUCGUGGUGAAAUUUACCUCCGAGAUUAUUAUAAGUCUAUUGGCCAGUAGGGUUAAGACCGAGAUAAGAAAAGCAAAGAGGAAUAAUGAACUGAAGGCAGCAAGGGAGGCGAAGUCAAACCCCAACGGAUUCUUUCUAAUGAAUCAAACUAAAACACGAGAAAAGAUUAGACCAAUACAGUCAGGUACCAGCGAGCUAACAUAAUGACGGAGAAAUGAGCAAUAAUCUGAAUAAAUAUUUUUCAACAGUUUUCACCACCGAAAAUUUAAACAUGAUAUUCGAGGCACCGACUAUAUACAGAGAUAGUGAAGAAAAUAGAUUA